CAGAAGUGACACUCAAAUCUCACAGAUCUGUAAUGUUGAACAGAUGUUAUCCGUUGUCCGGCUAUCUUUAUACAGAGGGGACAGUUUCUACGUUAUUGCACCUUUGCGAGAAAAGAGGAAAACUUCCCUCCACGUAGACAACUGUCAAACAUAGAUAAUCAAUAGCAGACGAGCAGAAGGACAAGAUGAGCGUGGGGGUCCUGGUGAUGAUGAUGGCAUGUUUGAGUGAUGGACAGGUCCCUGGAUGUUCGGUUGAUCAGAAGAAAAUUAUCACGGUGUCAGAUCACAGAAAGGCAUCUAUCUCCUGUCCAUCCAUCAAGGCCAGCAGCUCAGAGAUCAAGUACCUGCUGUACUUCAAUAACAGCUGCAUCAAUGAAAUACACCUGAAUAAGAAGUCAGCCUCUGCAGAGGCUCUGUUCUCCGGUCAGUUUGAAGUCACAGCCCGCAAGAGUGGCAUGUACAUCUGUGAGAGUCAUGAGAUUUAUCCUCCACCAUUCGCCGAGGAGUGUCUCUCCACUGAAGUCAUAGUGGCAGAAAAUCCAACAACCAGUGACAACAACUCAGUUGUCCAUCAGAGCUGUCCAGUCAGGUCUCCAUCCAUCCUAGAUGUGGUGUUGUGGGCAGGAUGUGGUGUUUUAUUUGUCUACAGCCUGUCAAUCUCCUGUGUUACCAUUGUUUUAUGGGUUUCCUGCAGAACUGCAGCCAGUUAAACUUGCCGUCUCUCUUUACCGGCAAUCAUCAUCAUUUCCUGUGAUGGCACAGAGUUUCCAUGACAGCUGGGAAACACACCACUAUAAAGCUUAGUUCUACUGAUUUUGCUGUAUUUUGAUGAAAUUUGUUCUUUGUGAAGUUGUGCGCUCACCACAUCUUUGUGAAUUCUGAGUGUCUGUGGCUUUUUGUGUAACUGUGAGAGUGACUAUAGGAUGUACCUGGCUCACUGUAUGAUGGAAUGGACUGUGUUGACAAUCCUCAGCCUCUGCCUGCCUGUGCUGUGUGCUGUGGAGGUGACCCAGCCCUAUAGAGUAGUGAGUACUGAUGGUACGGCUCAACUCCAAUGCUUCAUCCGACAUCAACUGUCUUACCUGAGCUUCGAAAACCCUGACCUGGAGGUGCUCCGCGUGACUCUGCUCAGAGGUCUCCACAGCAGCCAGGAAGUCUGCUCGUCCAACUUCACACAGCAGAGAGAGGGAGGUGUGGAGAGAGAGGGGAGGUUGCAGUGUUCUGCUCAGGUGAGGGGGGGUGCUGUAGAGCUAACAGUGUCCGGGCUGAAAGCCGAACAUACAGAUAUGUAUCGCUGCAAGAUAGAGGUCUUCUACCCACCACCAUACCUGCAUCUCACUGGCAACGGCACACUCAUUCAUGUCUUGGGAAGCUCUGACUGUCAUGUGCAGGAGGCUCACAGACAGACUGCACCCCAAGAUGAUGAAGAAGAGGAUGAGGAGGACAAAGAGGAGAUGGCAACAUUUAGUGUCCCUGUGGGUGCACUGAUGAUAUUGAUCAUCAUCGUCCUCAUCAUCAUCAUCUCUUUCCAGACUCUCCAGUGCCAAGGAAAGAAGAGGGAGAUGGUCUUGCCUGGUGUGCUUCACAAAGCGGAUGCUGCUGCAUUUUCAUGCAAUGAAAACAUUGCAUGAAAAGCAAACUGGUAUCAUGCCAAACAGUGUAAUAGCCCCGCAGGUCCACCUGUUCCUCUCGUCAACCCCCCAAAACAACACAGUCAUGGCACGGUCAGGCUAGCAAUAACAAACAUGCAAUAUCCGGUUACACUUUCAAAAUAAAGGCACCAAAAGUACUUGGUUAAAUCAUGGUGUUGCUUUAAAUAACUGCUUCCUCUAAACAGUCCCUGGGGACUUGGCUUCACACAGGACUCAGAUGCUGGUUACCCAGAGGAAAGUCCAAUUGAUAAACCUACCAACCAACCAACCAACCUCUGAUCUCCUCCUCCUAUCACAUUCAUCCUCUCUCCCUAAUCAUUAAGCCUCCUACUGACAGUGCACCUUCAAACACACAUGUACUUUUCAUGCCUCUGCGAGGAACUAUCAUACUCACACUGUCCUCUAGUGGAUCAGUUGGUCUAUUACACACUUUGGCACGAGACCGGGCUGGAAACAAACUGUGCGUCUGUGCUUUCCAAAUCUCUAAUUAGUCACCUUGGGGCCAGCAUAUUCAAAUCAGACUUGUAUCUGCUUUGAAGCAUUAGAACACCAUUGAUUUUAAAUGGAGAAUUAGAGGCCUGCAGGUCAGUUUGCCAUAAAUUGAAGUCAUGACAUAUGUCUAUGCUGUUUGUGAUACAUCACCUCUGCUAUGAUUAAGGUUCUUUUAUGGAGAAACACCAAAAUGAUACUUGAGUGUCUGUGAAUAUUUUACUUAUUAAGUAUAAAUAUAAUGUUUACAUUGUCGUAAACACAAAUUCUAUUAAAAGCUGAAGCUUUUGAGUGGACUUGAGUUGUGGAGGCACCUAUGAGCUCUCAUCCUAACUGCAGCUAGGAGGGCUUGUAUGGCUGAUAUAAUAUACAAAAUAGUUGUUUGAUUCAAGACUGAACAGUUUAAUUUGGCUUCACGCUCCAGCUUUGAAAGUGUAAAUACUUCAUAUCAUUGGGAUGCAUCAUAGCACUAGAAGCAACUUGCCUGUGAUUGUAUAUUGAUAGUUACCUUUUUUGUAUUUUUUGUUGCCAUUGCAAUGUU